UCAUUCGAUGGGCAAACUCGCGAUGACCACACUGUGGCAUCCCCUCCACGCUCCGCAACCCGGCCAGGAGCAAGUCCCUUGUCGCCGAUAUCGAAUAGCGCGCUCUCCGAGGCGGCGUCUGUAGAGGACAAUCAGGAUGAAGACGAAGACUCGUUCGCGGUAGAGGAUAUAGCGAGCGAGGAUGAAGAGGACGACGAGGAACCACCGCCUACAUCACGACCGUUGUACACAUCUAAAUCGUACAGUCACCUCCCUCAACAUACCGCGACUGCACUCUUUCCGCCCUUCUACAACAGGCCGCCUACCCCUCUCCCGCCGUCGCCCUCAUUGACAUCGCUCCUGCGCCCCGCAUUCAGCCGCCCAACCUCGAGGCCUACCACACCAGACUCGUCCGACGUAGAAGGAUACACAAGAGCAGGCUCGCAUACAACAGGCACAAGCACGCCUACGAACCUCGCUAGUUCGGCACGGCAUGCUCCGACCGUACCCCGGGCCUCGCCGAAAGUUCCUACGUAUGAAUAUUACGGCUUUGCCCUGUACCUAGGCAGCUCCGCCGCUUUCCUCAUGUACAUUCUCUGGGCCUACGUGCCAGCUCCCAUGCUGCAUCAGAUGGGAAUUCACUACUAUCCUAACCGGUGGUGGGCGCUCGCAGUGCCGUGCUGGCUGGUCGUGCUAGUCAUCUACAUCUAUGUUGCACUAGCAAGCUACAACACGCGCUACCUCACCCUACCGCUAAGCAGCUGUGAGAACCUCGUGGAUGAAUGCGCGCAGAUAGCCGUUGUCGAUCGCAUGACUGGGCAAAUCGCACGCGAUCCGGUGCUAGUAACCGACAAACUUCACGACAAAGACAAGGAAAAAGUUAUUCACGCAGACUGUCGCUCUUGGUCAGAGAUGCCUGUUGCGCGGAAAAAGCUUGUCACGGCGGCUUCCUUCGUUGACAAGCUUUCACAUCAAUUGCCCACCAUGAAGUCUGUUGUUGCUCUUUCUGCUCUGUCCAUGCUCGCUGGUGCCGAGGCAGCUGAGACCGUUCUUGGAGCUUACAUUUUCCACCGCCAUGGUGACCGUACUCCAAAGGCCCUUGCUCCCACCAACCUGACUACCCUCGGUUACGAGCAGGUCUACACAUCCGGCCAGUACUACCGCUCACGUUACCUGUCCGGCGACUCCAAGAUCCGCGGUAUCAACGAGGAUGAGGUCAAGCUGUCUCAGCUCCAGGUCCAAGCACCUGUCGACAACGUUCUUCAGAACUCGGCCAUGGGUUUCCUCCAGGGACUGUACCCCCCGGUCCAGACUGUCUCAACGCUUGCCAAUGGCCAGAGCGUGCAGGCGCCAAUGGAUGGCUACCAGCUCAUCCCCGUCAACACCAUCGAGACGGGCUCCGGCUCUGAGGACAGCGGCUGGCUGCAAGAUGCAUCGAGCUGCCAAAACGCAAAGACGAGCUCAAACUCCUAUUUUGACAGUGCAGACUACAAGAACCUUGCGUCCAGCACUGGUGACUUUUACACCUCCCUCAUUCCCUCCAUCAACGGCGUCAUGGCCGAUGAUCAGGUGACGUUCAAGAACGCCUACGUUGUCUACGACACCAUCCACGUAGCUGAGAUUCACAACAGCUCCAUCCCCAACAACGACACCUUGACCAACACCACCCUCCACCAAAUCGCCACCCUCGCCAACGCCCACGAAUGGGGUCUUGCCUACAACGCCAGCGACAACAUGCGCGCAGUCGCCGGCAUGCAACUCGCCGGAGAAGUCCUCUCUUACAUGAACAACAUCAUCAGCAGCUCUGGCGCCAAGAAAUUCGGCAUCCAAUUCGGCGCCUACGCCACCUUCAUGUCUUUCUUCGGUCUCGCAGACCUGCCCAAAGUAUCUGACGACUUCACUGGCGUCGUCGACUACGCGAGCUCUAUGGUCUUUGAGCUCUUCACCAACGCCAACGUCGACUCUGGAUUCCCCAGCGGAGACGACUUGCAAGUGCGAUUUUUGUUCCACAACGGCACGGCGAGCAACGCGAGCGAGCCGGCUGUGUACCCCCUCUUUGGCGGCAGCGAUAACGCUGUGUCUUGGUCUACUUUCCAGGAUAAGAUCAAGGAGUUUGCUAUUAGCUCUACGGAGGAGUGGUGUGGCAAGUGUGGUAACACGGCGGGUUCUUGCGCAGCGUUUGUUAACAACGGUGAUGCGAGCGCUUCGCAGCAGAGCGGUGGUAGUGGAAGCGAUAUCUCACCUGCUAUUGGUGGUGUUAUUGGUGCGUUUGUUACGUUGGCGGUUGUGCUGGGUAGCUUGGCGCUGCUUAUGCUUGUGGGUGGAUUCAGGCUGGUUAGCAAGAAGUCGCUUCAGAGGGGUGUCGCGGGCGCAAGUGUUGAGCCCAAGGCUUAG